AAGAAGACAAAAAAGAAGAUGACAAAAAAGAAGAUGAUGAAGAAAAAGAAAAAAAGAAGAUAAAAGAAAAAGGAGGACAGCGAAAAAAAACAAAAAGCAAAAGGAACAAAAAAGAACAAGAAAAAGGAAGAAAAGAAGAAAGAAAAUAUGAAAAAACAAUCGAUAGCAGAAAACAAAACAAACAAAACAAAAGAAAGAAACAGGAAAAAGAAAAAAGAAAAAGAACAAGAGAAAAGCAAUUCACGACAACAGUAACAAGAAGAAGAAAAGAAAAAAGGAAACUAAAAAAACAAAAGGAAAGCAAGAGAGAAAGAACAAAAAUAGUAAAGGAAAGAAGAAAAAAGAGGGAUAAAACAUCAGGAAACGGGAAGGAUGAAGAAAUUAGCAUGAAUACACUGGAAACGGGAGAAAGGAGAA